AUGAUCCAAUUAUUAAACUUUAAUAAUUAUUUUUUAAAUAAUAAUAAUAAAAAGAAUAAAAAAGAUUAUUCAAUCUACGAACCAUUACAAAAACGAAACAAUAAUAAUAAUAAUAAUAAUAAUAAUAAUAAUAAUAAUAAUAAACGUCGUGGCCAAUACGAAAAACAACAAGAAGAAGAAACAAGUAAAAAUCAAAGAUCAUAUAGUAUAACAAGAGUUGGAUCUGGCGUGAUUAGUUUUGAUAUUGGAUUUACAGACGAAUCAACAAUGGAAAUAUAUAAAGAAUUAAAGUCGACGCCUAUCAGUUCGAUAAAAUCUUCAGUCAAGAUGAGGAAUGGUAUCAUAUCAUUGAAACGAUCAGAUUCACUUGCCAUUGCUCUCAAGGUACUACAUGAAAAUGAUAUCUCUUCAAGUCCUGUCAUUGAUCCAAAUCUUGGUUGUAUUGGUUUGGUUGAUAUGUUUGAUAUUGUUGAAUAUGUUUAUUCAAUGGUUAAAAAAGCUGAAAAUUCAACAAAUUCAAAUAAUGAAAAAAUUCAAAAGAUAGUAUCAAAAAGUUAUUAUAAUUUACAAUUGGAUCCUGUAUCUGUUGUUAUUAAUCGAUUGAGUGAUGCAGAGACCAAUAUACCAAUCGUUUCAGAGGGCCAUAAUAUCAUUUCACUUAUCGAACUUUUUGCCAUGGGUUGUCAUCGUGUACCAAUCUAUGCAAUCAACAAUCAACAAUCAAAUGGUGGAUCUGUAUUGUCAUUGUCAUCGUGUGGAGUUGGUGGUGGUAUUCCCAAACUGACCCGAGUCAUUAGUCAAACAGAUUGUAUUAUAUGGGCAUGGGAGAACCCAAUCAUCAGAGAGGAAAUUAUCAAUUCUAGUAGCAAGGUAAGAGAUUGCUAUAGACCUUCUCCAAAAUGUGUUUUACCUUCAACUCCCAUUGUAGAGGUUCUAAAAAUCCUCAAUGCAAACAAAAUCAGUGCAGUUGCAAUUGUAAAUGAUAAAGGAAAAUUAAAAGAUGAAAUUAGUACUGAUAGUUUUAAGGGAAUAAAUGAAAAGAAUUUAGAUAUAAUAUUUGAAGAUGUUAAAAAAUUUAUGAAAUCAAAGGUUCAUAAAUCAUCAUCGGAUGCAAAUACCAUCCGUACUUGUACAUUAGAUUGGUCAUUAAAAGAGGUUUGGGAAUUAUGUUUUAAAUUUAAGUGUCACAGAGUUUGGGUAUUGGAUGAAGACAAGGUUCUAUGUGGUAUCAUUAGUUUGGGUGAUCUUUUAAAAUCAUUUAUCGUUAAUAUCCCUAGAUCAGUUCCAAGUUCUCCUCCAACUUCUGGUCGUAUUUCACCUUUACCAUAA